AUUUCUAUAUAUCUCCUCCAGCCAAUCACACGAUCUCCUCUGAAGCAGCUGGAGCUCAACUCUCCCCAUCCCCGAGGUUUCAGCUACCCAGGAGAGGAAGAGAGGAUGGCAUGGGGCUUACUCAGGGCUGAGCAGUGAGCCACAGCCUUUUGAACGUGGAGCUCUGACUGGGAGGCUAUACAGCUGGAGACUCAGGAAGAAUUGAUGCUCUGGCCCCCAGCGACAUUACAUGGUGUAAUGACAGGAAAUGAGCAGAUUUGCAGAAAGACUGAUGGCCUACAAUUGAAGCCUAAGGGGUCGGUGCUUGGCUCUGGCUGAGAACAUGGCCAACGACAUUGACGAGCUUAUCGGCAUCCCUUUCCCUAACCAUAGCAGCGAGGUGCUGUGCAGCCUCAACGAGCAGCGGCAUGCGGGCCUACUGUGUGACGUGCUGCUGGUGGUUCAGGAGCAAGAGUACCGAACACACCGCUCGGUGCUGGCGGCCUGCAGCAAAUACUUCAAGAAGCUCUUCACGGCCGGGAGCCUGACCAGCCAGCCCUACGUCUAUGAGAUUGACUUCGUCCAGCCUGAGGCUCUGGCUGCCAUCCUGGAGUUUGCCUACACCUCCACUCUCACCAUCACCGCUUCCAAUGUCAAACACAUCCUCAAUGCGGCCAGGAUGCUGGAGAUCCAGUGCAUCGUGAACGUGUGCCUGGAGAUCAUGGAGCCUGGUGGCAACGUCGGCGAGGAGGAUGACAAAGAGGAGGAAGAGGAGGAUGAAGAUGAUGAAGAUGAAGAUGAUGAAGAGGAGGAAGAGGAGGAAGAAGAGGAGGAGGAGGACGACACAGAGGACUUUGCUGACCAGGAAAACUUGCCUGACCCCCAGGACAUCAACUGCCCUCAAAGCCCCUCCAAGACAGACAGUCUCACAGAGAAGGACUAUUCGGACACACCCAGGGACUUCCCCGACUCCUUCCAGCCCGGAAGCCCUGGCCAUCUGGGAGUGAUCCGGGACUUCUCCAUUGAAUCUCUGCUGAGAGAGAACUUGUACCCCAAAGCCAACAUCCCUGACAGAAGACCCUCCUUAUCUCCAUUUGCCCCAGAAUUCUUCCCACACCUCUGGCCAGGUGACUUUGGUGCCUUUGCCCAGCUACCUGAGCAGCCCAUGGACAGUGGGCCACUGGAUCUAGUCAUCAAGAACCGCAAAAUCAAGGAGGAGGAGAAAGAGGAGCUGGCCCCUCCCCCACCCCCUCCCUUCUCUAGCGACUUCUUCAAGGACAUGUUUCCAGACCUGCCCGGUGGGCCGCUGGGCCCCAUCAAGGCAGAGAAUGACUAUGGUGCCUAUCUCAAUUUCCUGAGUGCCACCCACCUGGGGAGCCUCUUCCCACCCUGGCCGCUGGUGGAGGAGCGCAAGCUGAAGCCCAAGGCCUCUCAGCAGUGCCCCAUCUGCCACAAGGUCAUCAUGGGGGCUGGGAAGCUGCCCCGGCACAUGAGGACCCACACCGGGGAGAAGCCGUACAUGUGCAGCAUCUGCGAGGUCCGCUUCACCAGGCAGGACAAACUGAAGAUCCACAUGCGGAAGCACACGGGGGAGCGGCCCUACUUGUGCAUUCACUGCAACGCCAAGUUCGUGCACAAUUACGACCUCAAGAACCACAUGCGCAUCCACACGGGCGUGCGGCCCUACCAGUGCGAGUUCUGCUACAAGAGCUUCACGCGCUCCGACCACCUGCACCGCCACAUCAAGCGGCAGAGCUGCCGCAUGGCGCGACCCCGGCGUGGUCGCAAGCCCGCUGCCUGGAGGGCAGCCAGCCUGCUCUUCGGGCCCAGUGGCCCCUCACCCGACAAGGCGGCCUUUGUGAUGCCACCCGCACUGGGCGACGUGGGUGGCCACCUGGGCGGCACAGCCGUGUGCCUCCCGGGCCCCAGCCCCACUAAGCACUUCCUGACGGCACCCAAGGGCACCCUGAGCCUGCAGGAGCUGGAACAGCAGUUCGAGGAGACGCAGAUGAAGCUGUUCGGACGCGCACAACUCGAGGCUGAGAGGAAUGCGGGUGGCCUCCUGGCCCUGGCUCUGGCCGAGAACGUGGCUGCCACGCGGCCGUACUUCCCGCUGCCCGACCCCUGGGCAGCUGGCUUGGCUGGCCUCCCUGGUCUCACUGGCCUCAACCAUGUGGCCUCCAUGUCUGAAGCCAACAACUAGGCUGGCCCUGGUCCACCCUAGUCCCAAACCCUGUCUUAAGUCCCUCUAAGACCUGCCCUGCCCCACCCAGUGGACCUGAACUUUCUAGUUUGCGAACACAAAGGGAAAA